CAACACACAUGACGCCAUCUCGCUAUAUAUCUGUUCCUCCUCAUCUCUCUCUAUUUCUCUCUUUCCUUCGAUUCCUCUGUAAUCUUUCUCUUUAAUUAUUAUUCUUUUUUAUUAUUAUUAUUCAUCACAACACCCCCACGCCAUUCGCUAAAAGACGAGAGGGUUUCAACUUUCACGCAAUCCGUUCCUUCCCCAGAAAUUUCUACUCUCUUUCUCUCACACUUGUUGAAAUAAGGUGAUUGUUGUACUCAAAAUGUCAUCUCCAAGCAAGAGAAGAGAAAUGGAUGUAAUGAAAUUGUGAGACUAUCACUCUUAGCGCAAUGAUGGCAUCUAAUCACUUCAUAUAUAAGUGUAUGAUGAUGAGUGAUUAUACAGUGGAGAUGAUAAAUGAUGGGCUAAGUGAAUUCAAUGUGGAGUUUCAUGGCCCCAAAGAAAGCCUCUAUGAAGGUGGAGUCUGGAAAAUUCGCGUGGAGCUGCCCGAUGCAUAUCCAUACAAAUCCCCCUCUGUCGGCUUUGUUAACAAAAUAUUCCAUCCAAAUGUUGAUGAGUUAUCUGGCUCUGUAUGUUUGGAUGUCAUCAAUCAAUCAUGGAGUCCAAUGUUUGAUCUUCUAAAUGUCUUUGAAGUAUUCCUACCACAACUAUUGCUUUAUCCGAAUGCUUCAGAUCCUCUCAAUGGUGAUGCAGCAUCAUUAAUGAUGAAGGAUAAAAAGCUGUAUGACGAAAAAGUUAAAGAGUACUGUGAGCGGUAUGCAAAGAAGGAACAUAUAAGCAAAUCAAAAGCUGAAGAAGAGAGUGAUGAGGAUGAUAUCAGUGAAGAAGAAUGUGGGUCAAGUGAUGAUGACAUUCCUGGACAUGCUGAUCCCUAAAAUAAACUGGUUUAUUACUUAGUGGUCUUGCACCUUUUUCAAAAGGUCCAUGUAAUAACAAUUAGAGCUCCUAUUACAUGUUCAUUUUGUUCAAUUAUAAGACGUAGGAUUAAAGUUAUGACUAAUUAUUUCUCCCUGUAAAAUUACAGUUCUUAUUCAUGUACUCAGUUAAAUAGGUUAUAUAUAUUCAGUAAAUGAAAAGUGAAAGAUAAUAAUAAUGUUGAGGUUUCA